AAGAUAACCUCAGCACUGCUGUCGGACCAGAUGGUUGGAGGCUUUGUUUUUCUAUAGAACUUUUCUCCUUCGAUUAGAUUCUUUCUUCACUUUUCACUCACAAAACUUCACCUGUGGAAAUUCCUCAGUGUGGUGUGUGUCAGCAGGAUGGUGGUUGACUCAUGACGUAUCCAGCGAUGGCGUCCAGGUUCUCGCAGCGCCUGCUUGGCCUCCGCGCCAAACUGCUGCAGCGCUACGAACACGGGCCCUUCGUGCGGUGUCUGUCGGGUCUGUACGGCUGUCGCUGGAGGCGCUACGAGAGGAGCAGGGGUCAGCCAGAAGAUUGCUGCUGCAGCAAGCUGGAGGGAGCGUCGUUCGCCCUGCUGGUCGUCGCUUUCUGUCUGACGCUGCUCUUCCUCUACUUCUGGGGACAAGCAGAGAACGACUACAACGACUUUGACUGGUUUAACUUUGGUCAUUUGGGGUUCUGGUUCCCCUGGUCUGUGGUUCUGCUGGUCAUCUCUGCAGGGUUCUUCACCUACGUCACUGUGCUCAUGCUCCUGGCGGUGUGUUUACUGUCUGAGGGCCAGAAGCUUCAUUUACACUGGAGUCACAAGGUUGGGAUCCUGAUCAGCCUGAUCUUCUCUGUCGCAGCCACUGCGGUCUUAUCCGACCUGUGGGGAGAAGAAUGGACGACUCUGCUGCUUUCCUUCCAGGUGACGGCGCCGUACCUGCACCUCGGCGGCGUUCUGCUGAUGACAUCACUGGGCUGGCCUGUUGCUCUGCACGUCUUCCGCAUGAACAGCAGCGUGAGGCGGGGGCUGAUCGUGGGGGUUUACCUGUCCGUCCUGCUGACCCUCUACCUGGUUCCUCUGGGCUUGUACUCUCCCUGCAUCAAACAGAAAGGAACGCUGGGCCCCGCGCCGGCGCUGAUCGGCCACCGGGGGGCGCCGAUGCUCGCUCCAGAAAACACGCUGAUGUCGUUCGAGAAGGCGGUGGAAGCCGGAAGCGACGGCCUGGAGACGGACGUUGCAAUAAGCUACGACGGCGUGCCCUUCCUGAUGCACGACCACAACCUGCAGCGCACCACCAACGUCCAGGAGGUUUUCCCAAACCGGACCGGCGCCCCUGCUGCCACGUUCACCUGGAGCGAGCUGGAGGGCCUGAACGCCGGCUCCUGGUUCCUCUCCCAAAAUCCAUUUGGGACAGCCGGUUCGCUGCGGCAGGAGGAGCGGCAGCGAGCGGGAAACCAGUCGGUCUGCAGCCUGCAGGACUUCCUGCAGCUGGCGGGUCAGGCUCAGAAACUGGUGAUCUUUGACCUCUACCGCCCGCCCUACGGCCACCCGUACAGCAACAGCUGGAUCCAGCGAACCCUGGAUGUUCUCUACAAUGUGUCGUCCAUCCAGUCAUCGCAGGUUCUGUGGCUGCCGUCCGAUCAGAGAUCCUGGGUCCACCAGUCGGAUCCCGGCCUCCAACAGACGUCCGGGACUCGACUCCCUCUAGAGGAGCUGCAGCGUAACAACAUCGUCAGACUCAACCUGCCCUACAGCUCCAUGUCAGCCGAGCUCACCAGAGAGUAUUCAGCGGUGAACAUCAGCACCAACCUGUAUGUGAUCAGCCAGCCGUGGCUCUACUCUCUGGCCUGGUGCACUGGGGUCCACUCGGUCACCACCAACGCCCCCCAGCUGCUCCGGACCCUGGACUCCCCGCUCCUCCUCAUGAGUCCAGAAGAAUACAACCUGAUGUGGAUUCUCACCGACGUCCUCUCCUUCAUGCUGGUCGUCGCCAUCUUCUAUUUUCACAGGUGGCGGGAACGAAGACUGGCUUUCUGCUCGGACCGAGAAGUGAAGCAGGAUAACGACAGCUGCAGGCAAAACAAACCAGGUGACCUAAAAGUACAACUCAGCUAUCGGCGUUGUGUAUUAUUAUUCACUGUAUACUGUGCACAAAUAAUAGGCGAGUAUUUUGACCAUAUAAUAAAUUCUAGGCUUAUUUUCUAACUCCAAGCUGGAUAAAGUUGAAUCCUGAAUGGAUUUAAUCAUAGCUGCGUAUCUGUGUAAUGAGGUGUGGCCUACACAACUUCCUGCAUCAAGGUGAGCAGAACCAUUAGGCAACUUCUUUUCUUUAAUGGUUUAACUGAUUCUGAAGAGACAAAGAAGACCAAAGGUCUCUGAGGAUGAUUCAGUAUUCUUGAAAUUGCUGAGAUGUUGUGAUCACAGAACCAUCAAACGUUUUGUUGUUACAAAUAGUCAACAGGGUCUUAAGAAGCGUGCAGCAA